CUACACGUCUGCCGCCUUCUCUCCCCGCCCCUUUUAAUUUUUCUUCGAUUUUCCCUCGCCCAUCACCGUAAUCACCGCCAAAGCCCUACGCGACUUCGAUUUCUCUCUCUGCCCUCGUAUCUCCCUCGCAGCGGCAGGAAGAUUUUUGAAGUUUGACUCAUGGAUCCUCAACCUGAACCAGUCAGUUACAUCUGUGGAGAUUGUGGAAUGGAGAACACUCUGAAGCAAGGUGAUGUCAUACAAUGCCGAGAGUGUGGUUAUCGUAUUCUCUACAAGAAGCGCACCCGUCGCAUUGUUCAGUAUGAGGCCCGCUGAAAUGCUUAGUCUGGCGUUGGACUUCUAGUAUCAUGAAUAUUUUGUUAGUCUUUCUUAGGAAAACAAAAUCGAACUUGAUAUGGCCUAAGGACUUGCUGUAAUGCAAACAUGAUGAUAAUGCUGUCACUAUAGUUUGCUUAAAUAUGUGUCAUUAUCCUCGUGAGAUAAGUUCAUGUCCUACUGGUAAUAUGAAUGGUCAAUUCUGCAUACACUGGAAGGUUCACAUCUGCAUUUCCACAUCAACAUUUGAUUCCUAUUCCA